AUUAACUGUUACAUCCCCCAUCCAACCUUUCCAUAGUCCAUCAUCUGUUUGUGUGAAUAAUCAAUACUGCACGUAUACUGUGCCAGCAGCAGCAACAACAAGGCAUAAUGGUGUGGUCUAGUGAUAAGCAACAACAGUAGGGCCACAGCCCGGUCCCACCCCCGCCUACCGCCCACCGUCCACGCGAGCAGGAAUUCCACAAGAAGGAUUCACAAAAAGCAAUUACCAUCGCACAACUCAAAUUUCCUGUCAUUCCUUCAUUUUCCUGACGACAAAAAUUGGAAAUAAUGUCACGCGAGGAACGUAAACCCAUUGUGGACACCUCUAAUAGCAGCUGCAGCAGUGGCGAUGAUGAAGUACAUCCUGUGGUGCGACGUCGCAGUACCCGAGACACAGAGCUCGCUGGCUCGCAAAAGGACACAGGAUGCUGCGAUCCUUCGAGCACUCCACACCGAUUUCUGGCCCUGCUCUUCAUGUGCCUCCUUGGCUUUGGUUCCUAUUUCUGCUACGAUAAUCCCGGUGCAUUGCAGGAUGUGUUCCAAAAGGAACUUGACCUUAGCUCCACCGAGUUUACACUGAUCUACUCUAUCUAUUCGUGGCCAAAUAUCGUGCUGUGCUUUGUGGGCGGCUUCCUUAUUGACCGGGUGUUUGGUAUCCGCCUGGGCACUAUUAUCUACAUGCUGAUCGUGCUCGUUGGCCAACUAAUUUUCGCCACCGGCGGAGUGCUAGGACACUUUUGGUUGAUGAUCGUGGGACGCUUUGUAUUUGGCAUUGGGGCUGAGUCGCUGGCUGUGGCCCAAAACAGCUAUGCGGUGUUAUGGUUCAAGGGAAAGGAGUUGAACAUGGUCUUCGGACUGCAAUUAUCGGUGGCUCGCUUCGGCAGCACCGUCAACUUUUGGAUAAUGCAACCCUUAUAUGGCUAUGUCUCGAAAACGUACACGGGUUACACGGGUCUAGGAGUGGCUCUGUUCCUGGCUUCUUCGACGUGUGUAAUGUCGCUAAUCUGCACGUUGAUUCUGGGUUGGAUGGACAAACGGGCGGAGCGUAUUCUCAAGCGAAAUAAUAAUCCAGGAGGAGAGAUUGCCAAACUCAGCGAUAUUGUCACUUUUAAGCUGGACUUUUGGAUGGUGUCGGUGGUCUGCGUGGCAUACUAUGUGGCUAUUUUUCCCUUCGUGGCUUUGGGUCAGGCCUUCUUCGUCAGCAAUUUUCACAUGACUCCGGAUGAGGCGAACACGGUCAACUCGAUUGUCUACCUGAUCUCUGCAAUAGCAUCGCCCCUGUUUGGUUUCGUGAUUGACAAAGUCGGAAGAAAUGUGACUUGGGUGUUCUGUGCCACAAUCUCCACAUUGGUGGCUCACUUCCUGCUGACAUUUACCCACUGGGAUCCGUAUAUUGGAAUGAGCAUUAUGGGAUUAUCAUAUUCAAUGUUAGCUGCUAGUUUAUGGCCUCUGGUUUCGUUGAUUGUGCCUGAAUAUCAACUGGGAACGGCAUACGGCUUCUGUCAGUCUGUGCAGAAUCUUGGCUUGGCGGUGGUGACGAUUGCAGCGGGUAUUAUUGUGGAUAGCAGCGGUGGCAGUCACUUUUGGCUACAGCUUUUCUUUAUGUUCUUUCUGCUGAUUUCCCUGUUGGCCACCUGUGCGAUUUGGGCAUACAACCAUAAGCAUCAGGGCAACCUGAAUAUGUCACCUGGCCAACGGGCCACAUAUCACACAUCGAUCGCGAUGCAAUGCCCCUUCGUGAACAGACGGCCUUUAUAGGGCAACUAAGUGCAAUAGAUCGUUAAUCUAUUACUAACCAAUAACCAUAUGUGAUGUUAACGCCAUCUCUACAUACUUGACUUGUUAUGCAACUCGGAGCACAUUCUUCUAACCGCACAAUCGUCGUGGUCUUUCGAUCGGUUUAACUUCUAGCUAAUAUUCUAUGAUACAUAUCAAACCUUAUACAUUGUUAUAUUUAUUGUUUUUUUGUAUAUGUUGAAUAAAUUUAUGUAAUGUACAUUCACCAUAUUAAAAACGAAA